AGUUGGUAUAUGGGACAAGUAUGUGAUCUCAGAUAGAUCUAUGGAUACAGAAAAGUAUCUUUCAAAUUGUCAGGAACGGUAUAGAUGAAAUUGCCAAAAGUGUUAAAUAAAUGUAAGAUAUUGUAAUUUUUAAUAGCUGAUCUUCAUUAUUAUUAAGAAGUUAUAAAAUUUCAGUUUAAAUUUAUAAUGAUAGUGUAAUUUAUUAAACAUUUUUUAUCAAGUAAAUGUAACGAAGCAAUAAUUUUGACUAAAUCCAAAAUUUCUUUAAGUCGUCUCUGUAUUGUUUUGACAAAAUGAGCAGUCGCAGGUUUACUUUUGGAGGAUGUAGUUUUCGUUCUAUACGAACCUGAAGUCACUGGAAAUGUACGAAAAGUGUAAUGGCGGACUGCAAAAAUGUGGAUAAUGAACAUGAAAAAGCUAUUAAAAAUGAAGUGAAAUUUCCAAUUAAUAUAAAUUAUUUUCCAAGUGAUGUGUAAACAGAAUAAACCUACAAUGUGUUGUAUGUGAUAAGUGCCUGUCUUUUCUAAAUUUAACAUUUUUUUAUUUGGGUCUGAAAAUAUGGCCCCAUCUCCAGAAAACGACAAUGCACCCAAAGCUCCCGACAAAAUUGACAAGAAUAAAUCGGAAAGAGCUAUUACCUCAGAUAACAAUAAGGAUAAUGACAAAGACGAAAAGACGUUAUCAAAUUUGAACGACGGGGAACUGAAGGCACUCCUGGAUGAAGCAAUUAAUUAUAAAAACCCAAAGGAUAGAGAGGGCAAAAGUAAACUUUUUAAGGAUCUUCUUAAUCAAGCUGAAGAAACAGAACGGAUCGCCAGAGCAACGAGCGCUGGUGGAUCCGAAGAAGCCCGUCAUUACAAUCCUUCUGCUGCGCGCCGCCACCACGGUCGUCACGGCGCAGGCGCCGACGGCAGCGGGGGCGGCGGGCAACACGGAGGCCGGAGACACCACGAUCGACACAGAAAACCGACUUCGAUAUCUGAGAAUAUGAUGCACGGUGGCAGUUUGGAUAAUCUUGCCAAAGAAGAAUUGUUUUUAGAAUCCACCCAUUGUUUAGUCAAUAAGAUGAAGAAGGUUAGCGCGAGACAAAGAGAAGGGGGGAGUUUGCCUUGUGACGUAAACGCUAGCGUGAUCACUCCCAGUAAUCUCCCAUUUAUUAAGGAGGCUAAAAAAAGUCAGGCUGCUGUGAAAGAUAAAGAAUAUACUGCUAUAGAUAUUGAGUCUUCCGAAUCACAAAGACUUCUGGAUCAUGAUGUUUUAGCACAGAAUUAUCAAGAAUCACAAGAAAUUACCAUUGUUCCUAGGUAUACCUCGAAAGCUACAUUACAGAUAUCCGCAACGCCAGUCGAUGAAGCUAUCGCCUUGGAUUUGGAUAACGUUGCCGAAAAGAAAAUUCAAGAGUCUAAUAAUCUGGAAAACAAGUUUAUGAAUAGCAAAUACAGUGUAUUUAUACCAACGUAUAGAAGUACAGAUGAUAGGAAAGUUGAUGAAAAUGGAAACGCUCUUCACCAAAAUACAAAAGCUAAGAAAAAGAAGAUUCAAACCGACAAAAACGUUGUCGUUCUCACUGCAGAAAGUGUUGAAGGUCAUCGUGGUGAUAUAAUUGAUGAUGUAGAUAAACUAAUUCAAUUCAUAGGGGGCGAGAAAAAUGAAUCUUCAACUAAAACUGCAAAAUCCAAUGUCCACAAAUCAAAACAGCUCCAUAAACAGCAUGCUUCUGAAGACUCUGGUCGCAGUGGAAAUAAUAGUAACAGUAAAAAACAAAGGGCGCAUUCUUCUAAGGGCAAAGAACCCAGAUCUGAAAUUAAGAAGAGUAAUUCUUUGGGCGAAAUAUCCACAGCAAAAUUAGAUGAUUUCACGUUUUUUACUACAGAAGAAGGUGAAGAAAAUAAAGUAGUUUUAAGAGGAAAUAAAAACCAAACUGAUAGGCCGAAGGAGAGGCGAUCUUGGGGUAAUGUAGAGCCUCCAUUUCAGACGCUAUCGAGUAACGCUUCUACUGAAAACUUAGAAACUGCUGAAAAUUGGGUAGUCUCUAAAACCAAGAAGAAAAGCAAGAAACGCCGCAAUAGUAUCAGCAGUAGCAGCAGUCGACGCCUACCGUCAACGUCCGAUUCUAACGCUAAACAGCAUUUAAAUCGUGUCCCAUCUCCAAGUUGUCAUGGAAAAUCAACAUUUUCAGUACCUCACAGCGAAAAAUCUGAUUCUUCAGAUGCAGAUUCAGUACAUUCGUUACCAAUAGAUAGUGUUAACGUUCCAACAUCGUACGCCGAUAUAGCUAAGAACGCGGAAAAAGUUAAAGAUAAGAAAAAUUCACCUGAAAAAAUCGAAAAAGUGCCAAAUAAGGAGAAAUCUCCGAAAUUAGAUAUCGAAUUUACGUGUAAAAGAGAAAAGGCACAUUUAAAUAACACAGUUGGUAUUAAAAAUCCUCUCAACCAUGUUAAAUCAUCACCCGAUUUCCACGGAGCAAAGAAUUAUCCCACAAUAACAGUCGAUUCCCAAAAAAGUGUUCAAUUACCCGAUUUAAGCGAUACGAGAAGUUUCCCCGCGAUGCACGUUGAAGUGACAAAUAUAAAGAGUCCACCAAUAAGCGAUUCGCACUUAUCGAAUUGUCCCGCAUUUCCGCCCGACGUCAACGACACGAAAUCAUUUCCUGCUAUGCCAACAGAUAGUGCAGUAAAGGGAAGAAUUUUUUCUACGGGAUCAGACUUUAAUAAUACAAAAGCUUGUCCGUCUAUUAUCAGUAGUAAUACUAAUAAUAGUAAUAAUAGGUCAUUAAGUAUAGACAAAACGAACGUUAAGAAUAUAUCGAUGAGUGGUAAAGUGAGAAAUGUGUCUCCUGGUACAAAGGUUCUAUCAACUAAACCAAACUGUAAUAGCAGUAUUAACAUUAGAGACGCUGAUUCUCAGAAUGGAGUAUAUAAUGAUAUUCAAAACGAUUUAUCGAUACUUCAUUCAAAUGAAAAAGAAUCUAUCCAGUAUAAUGCCCAGAGACUGCCUCCGAAUAUCCCAGAUGUCCAAACUAUCGAAAAAAUUCAUUUUAUGCAAUGCCGUUCACAACCGCCACCAUCACUACCGCAAAAUAAACCAAAUCGACAUUUAUCAUCUUCACCGCUAGUGAACGCCAACACACCAAACUAUCUUCACGCCUCCAAUCAAUUAGAAUCUAAUCAGGUAUCCAUGGACUCCGUGAAAUCACCAUCUGGCAACAAAAAAUUAGACUGUGAUAUGGGUGAUCGAACGAUGAUCGGUGAAAGCAAUAGUAGAAGUAGAGAAAACCAAGAAGAAGAAGAAGAGGGACUACCUCCAGUAGUGAUAUUAAGCGGUAUUGGAAAUAAGGAAGUUACGGGUCUUGUUUUCGGUUUCGACGUAAAUGAACAAUUGUUAAAUGAUGACAUUUGCGAUAAUUUCAUAGCAAGGUUCGUACCACCGGAAGGAUAUACACAUACAUCGCAUAAUCAUGAUAAGAUUGUCAACUUCAUCGGAUCAACGUGGGAUGCUUUUGCCAACCAGUCCAAUGGUAAAGUGCUGUGGUACAAGGAGGAAUCUUAAUCGUGGGGAAAGUGAUUGUGUGCUAUUUGUUUAACAAUCAUUGAGGUACUAGUCAAAUAAUCAUUACAUUAAAAAGAACUAAAAACGAAUUUCCAAAUCUAAUGAAUGAAAUAUGUAAAUGUUUAGUGAAAUUAUGGACACGGUCGUGACGAGAACUCAAAUAUGAAAAAAAAGACUGGACUUUAACAGCAAAUGUAUAAAAAAUAAUGUCAUCGGGAGCAAAAAUAUUGUGUCGUAGUAGGAAAUCUCGAAUUUUCCACAUUAGAAAGAACUCAACAGUUUCAGCAAUAUUACGAAACAGUUAACAGGGGUGGUUCCGGGAUGUCAUUUUAGGGUAUUUAAAAAAAUUAUCAGAAACGUAUAUUUGAUAUAAUAUAAAUGACGUAUAACUAUAGAUAUUAACUUUUAUACAAUUUUGUGAAUAAAAGAAAAUUUCUACUUCUAA